AUGUACCCGAACUGUAGAGCCAAAGAACUGGCAUCUGAUGCUGGAAUACUGAACUACUCGUUGGAAGCAGUUGUUAAUCAUGCCUGGGUUACUGAGUACUGUGGUGACGUUGGAGACAUCUGA